AUGAUCAGCUACAUGUUUGAAGCCUUGUAUCACUGGAAGGAAGAGAGGUCGGCACGAAAAACAGAUGGAACAAAAUGCGAUUUUGAAGGUAGACCUGUUGGGAGUAAGACUACCGCGAUUGAUUUGUUUGCAAAGUUUGAUUCCGGCGAUGUCAGCCUCGAGAUUCAUCCGCUACUUGGAAUACCAUCGUUUGUCAACAAUGAAGCCAUCCGCGAAGUUAAUGACAAGGAAAGUGCCCGACCUGCCCCGCUCUGA